AUGGCUCCCAGCCUUGCAAUAUUUACUCUGCCGCAUUAUCUCUGCUCUGCCACCAACAAUUACUGCAAGGCAUGCAAUUUUUUGAAGCAAUCGCAUUUUCUCAAUUUGUAUUAUAAAGUUGGUAUUAUAAAGUUUGCCUUUGCGUUGCAUGUGUUAAUGCAGCAGCAGCAGCUGCUUCGACUGUCGCCGUCUUCGCUGGGCCCAGCGGCUUUGCUCGCCGCCUCCUCCACCACAAGCCUCCGAGCCGUUUCUCCAUCUCAUCAUGCCUCCAAUGGCCAAACGUCUGAAUUGCCUGAUACAACUUGGGAUAACCUUGGAUUCGACAAACCCAUAUCAGCUGAUUACAUGUUUAUCAUGAAGAGUUCCGAAGAUGGAAGCUUUUCAGAUGGGGGGUUACAACGUUUUGGGAAAAUCGAAUUGAACCCAGCAGCCUGUGUCUUGAACUAUGGCCAGGGAAUAAUUGAAGAAUUGAAAGCCUACAAGAAGCCAGACAAUUCUAUAUUACUAUGUCGCCCAGAGGAACAUGGGUUGCGGAUGAGAGUGGGUGCAGAGCGCCUGCUUAUGCCUGCACCAACCGUUGAGCAGUUUGUGGAAGCUGUCAAAGUUACUGUAUUGGAAAAUAGACGUUGGGUUCCCCCACCAAAUAAAGGCUUUCUACAUAUUCGACCACUACUUAUUGGGAGCGGACCUGUUCUUAGUCUUACACCAGCUCCAGAAUUCAUCUUUCUGAUUUUGGUGACCCCAAUGGGGGACUAUUCUAGGGGAGGCUUAGAACUGAUCAAUUUGGUGGUUGAAAACGAAAUCCAUCGUGCAGUUCGUGGUGGAGCUGGAAGUGUAAAGGCCAUAGGAAAUUAUGCUGCUAUUUUGAAGGCACAUAUGGAAGCUAAAGCAAAUGGUUUCUCUGAUGUUUUGUUCCUCGAUUCUGUUCACCGAAGAUAUGUUGAAGAGACUUCUACUGCUAACAUUUUUCUCGUGAAGGAUAAGAUUAUCUCCACGCCAGCAUUGGGAGAAGGGACAGUUUUGCCUGGCGUUACACGUAAAUGUGUAAUUGAAAUUGCUCGCAGCCAAGGGUAUCAGGUUGAGGAACGCCUUGUGUCGGUCGAGGAAUUAUUUGAAGUUGAUGAAGUCUUCUGUACUGGAAAUGCUGUCCAUUUAUCACGUGUGGGCAGCAUAACUUACCUGGGCAAAAAGGUGUCUUACUGUGAAUCUGGACCUGCUGUCGUGUCUCAGCAACUGCACCGGGCGCUGUUAAAUAUACAAAUGGGUCAUACAGAAGACAAGUUGGGUUGGACAGUGACCUUGAAGUAG